AUGGGGAUAGGCCGUCCCCUUGUCUACAUCCCCCCCAAAAUAGGGAACGGACGAGGGGACAGCGUGGCGAGCUCUGUGGCCCUGAGGAUCGUCAUGGGCAGCUGGUGGCUCUUCACCCUCAUCGUAUGUUCCUCCUACACGGCCAACCUGGCAGCCUACCUCACCGUCUCCCGCAUGGACAACAACGUACGAACAUUCCAGGACCUGUCCAGGCAGAUGGAUGUGUCCUACGGCACUGUGAGAGACUCAGCCGUCUAUGAAUACUUCAAGAACAAGGGCACCAACCCGCUGGAGCAGGACAGCACAUACGCAGAGCUGUGGAGGACCAUCAGCAAGAACAACGGCCAUGACUACUCUGUGUCCAGUCCCUCAGAAGGCAUCCGCAAGGCGAAGAAGGGCCCGUAUGCCUUUCUAUGGGACAUGGCUGUGGUGGAGUACGCCGCACUGACGGACGAUGACUGCACCAUCACUGUCACAGGAAACAGCAUGAGCAGCAAAGGCUACGGCAUCGCCAUGCAGCAUGGGAGUCCAUACAGAGACCUCUUCUCCCAGAAGAUCCUGGAGCUGCAGGAAAAAGGAGACCUGGACAUCCUGAAGCAGAAGUGGUGGCCGCGUACGGGCCGCUGUGACCUCAACAGCCACUCCAACGCCACGCCCGACGGGAGGUCCCUGAAGCUGCACAGCUUUGCCGGUGUCUUCUGUGUCCUGGCCGCCGGACUGCUGCUGGCCUGCCUGGUUGCCGGCCUGGAGAUGUGGUGGAACAGCAACCGCUGCGGGCAAGAGCAGCCCAAAGAGGUGACCGAGCACAGAGCCCGGAGGACAGGGCAGCAGGGGGAGGACACUGCCACACUCUACUUUAAGGAUCCAGCCGCAGACCACAGUCCCGAUUUAGUUGAGCUCCAGUACACGCAGUUAUAG